UGGUUGUGUGAUGGCAUAUCCUUGCCUAUAGCCCUCUCUGUCUGUCAGCACUUCUCUUGUUUUGCAGCCGCUGCUGCUCCAACGCAGCACCUCUUAGAAUCUGCGCGAUCUGUGCAGCCGCUGAUGUCUAAGGCUGCGUGACGUGACGUCUUUUCCGCAUGAGGUUACGCAGCGACGCUUUUUGCGCGGAAUCUGCGAAGGCUGGUCAAAGUCUACGGUGAAGAACACAACCAGAGACUCGUCUUAAGAUUUGCAUAUUUUCGAUAAACACGUGUUUCAAUUGUAAUGAUGCUGAAAUGUGACGCAACUUGAACUAUACGAAUCAGUUCCGGGGCUACACGAGAAUCGCUUUGUUUUGGAAUUUCGCGGCGCUGAGUUCAAGUGUGUUUUUUUAACUGAAACAUUCAACAGCGGUGCUCUUGAUUAACCUUAUUAUUUGCUGCGGUCGAUAACAGCAAAUUGAGCACAGAUAUUUGCUUCUGCCCCGUACUCGGUACAAACAUGGAGGCGGGCAGCGGGAAGCAUAGCAGCAAAAACAGCAUGAAUAAGCCUUCUCCCAUCCCUGUGGUAUCCACAGACGGGGCCGGCCCUUCGCUUCUCAGGCGAACAGUUUUUGUGUUUGACUGCCGCCUGGAACGCAAUAAUGCUGAUAGUAACGAGAAGAAAGUGGAGAGUGGAGGUAUCUCCUUCCUGGAGUUCAGGAAAAUAGUAUGCCAGGUAUUUGGUAUAGCUCCAGAAGAAAACUUUGUUAUUACAACAACAGCCAGAAAGUCAAUCACAGACCACAGUUUUGGUGAGAUUCAAGAUGGAAGUACAUUAUACCUGCUUCAGUCUGUUGAUCAGAUUUUGCCAUCAGCAAUAAGAGAGCGUAUUGAAUUCCUUCCACACUAUGACACGCUCGUUAAGAGUGGAAUGUAUGAGUAUUAUGCCAGUGAAGGCCAAAAGUCUCUACCUUUUGCCUUUGCAGAAUUGAUAGACAAUUCACUAUCGGCAACAUCACACAUUAGUGGAGUCAGAACUAUAGACCUUAGAUUUUUAUUUGAUGAAUCGCAAGGUAAACCUGCUGUAGCUGUCAUUGAUAACGGAAGAGGUAUGACCUCUAAACAGCUCAACAACUGGGCUGUCUACAGAUUGUCAAAGUUUACAAGAAGAGAUCAAGAAUUUGAAAGUGAUCAUUCAGGGUAUGUACGUCCCGCUCCAGUGGCCCGCAGUUUAAAUAGUGAUAUAUCCUAUUUUGGAGUAGGCGGAAAGCAAGCUGUUUUCUACAUUGGGCAAGCAACUAGAAUGAUAAGCAAGCCGGCGAGUUCUGUAGAUGCUCAUGAACUACUUCUAUCUAAAGAAGACUUUGAAAAAAAGGAAAAGAAUAAAGAGGCUAUAUACAGUGGUUUCAUCAGGAACAGAAAGCCUGGCGAUUCAUCCCACAUAACCAGUGAUGAUGAGAGGUUCCUGCACAGUCUUGUGAAGGAAGAGAAAAACAAGGAAAGCUUUACUGCUGUUGUGAUUACUGGGAUCCACACAGAUCAUAUGCAGUAUCUGAAAAACAACUUUCAUCUGUGGACUAGAGAGUUGGCGCAUGUUUAUCACUAUUACAUUCAUGGGCCAAAAGGGAGUGAUGCGAAAGCUUCAAUUAAAAACACAGGCCCCGUCCAGAAAAUUGAUAUUCAGAUCUCAAUGUUUGAGAAGGGAAAGGUUCCAAAGGUGAUUAACCUGAGAGACAUAAAGGAUGAUAUGCAGACUCUAUACAACAGUUCAUCAGCAGACAGCUUUGAGUUCGUGACACAUGUUGAUGGAGAUGGAGUUGUAGAAGGACUCAUCCGGUAUCAUCCUUUCCUUUAUGACAGGGAAACCUAUCCUGAAGACCCAGUUGGCCUGUCAAGUAAAUCUGACGAUGAUGACGAAGACUCCAUGCUGAGUGAAAAAGGAGGAAGGGGCAAAAGGCCCAUAUUUGAAUGUUUUUGGAAUGGACGCUUGAUACCUUACACAACUGUGGAAGAUUUUGAAUGGUGCUCCACUUCAAAGAAGAGAGGCACGAUUUCAGAAGAGUGUUUGAACCGUAUAUCGGGUGUUCUCUUCACCAAUGACAAGUUUGAGGUUAGCACUAACAAGCUCACAUUCAUGGACCUGGAGCUGAGGUUAAAGGACAAGGACACAAUCUUCACUCGGGUGAUCAAUGGACAGGAACAAAGAGUGAAGAUUUACAGAGAAUUUGCUCUUUGGCUGAAGGAAUGCCAUGAGAAGUUUGAUAAACAGAUAAAGUUUUCUGGUUUCAAAGGAAUAAUGACAAGGACUGAUAUUGCAGCAAAAAGAAUGCAGAGCCCGUGGGCAAUAUUUACAUCUGUGGAGUGGGAUGGCAAAACGUACAAAGCUGGACAAAUGGUGAAAACAACCAAAACUGCACCCAUAUUGUAUGGCAGUAUAGUCCGGUUCCUUCUUUAUGGGGAUCAUGAUGGAGAUGUAUAUGCGACUGGAGGAGUUGUUCAGAUUGCUGUGGAGCCCCAGGCUUUGUAUGAUGAAGUAAAAACUAUUCCGAUAUCUAAACUGGACAGGAAUGCUGUUGCGAGCGUUAUCAAGAAGUAUGUAGAGGACGAAAUGGCAAGGCUCCCAGAUAGGCUGUCUGUGACAUGGCCUGAAGGAGAGGAGUUGAAUCAAAAUGACAUCCGUUCUGCUGGAACUCCUAUAGGUGCAAUUAGGAUUGAGAUCUUGAACAAGAAAGGAGAAGCAAUGCAAAAGCUCCCUGGCACAAGUCACAGUGGAUCAAAGAAACUGCUGGUAGAACUAAAGGUCAUCUGGCAUUCUUCCAGUGGAGACAAGGAAAUAACUUCACACAUCAGUCAACAUGGUGGAAAGUGGCCAUAUUGGUUUAAAAAGAUGGAAAAUAUCAACAAACUUGGAAAGUAUACUUUGAAUCUACAGACUGUAUUAAAUGAGAGCAAUGCUGACACAUAUGCUGGAAGGCCUCUCCCUUCUCUGAAGUUUGAAUUCUCAGUGAUUGAGGGCAAAGCAGAACAGUUUUCUAUUGGUACUUUGGACCCUCCUGUUCGUGUAGGUGUACCUUUUAACAUUCCAUUGGAGCUGCUUGAUGAAUUUGGGCAUCCCACACACCCAACCUUGGAUAUCAAGCCAGUCCUAGAGUGCAGUGCUCUGGAUCUUAGUCACAAUGGGACAAUGACAAAAAAAAAUAACUUCAUCAUUAAAGGUGUGAAAGCAAAGGGUCCCGUGAACAACUAUCAGGGAAAGAACUACAUUGUAAAAGUCAUCUUGCCUGGAUUGAAAGAAGACACACAGAUGUUGAAAAUGAGACUGAUGCCUGGUCCUCCUCAUACACUGAAAGUAAAACCUGAUUCUGAAAAGCUAAUUUUUGAAAAUGGAACAGCUUUUCCUUUUCAAGUUGAGGUGCUGGAUGAAGCAGGAAAUACCACAGUUCAGCCAAAAUUGGUGGUGAAUUGUAAGUUCCUAGGUGCACCUAACUUGCCUGUCUACACAGUGGAUUGCAGCAAUACUGGCACUGGAAUAUUAACUGGUCCAGUUGUGCAUGCAUUGAAACUAGAGAAGGACCAGUAUGUAACUGCAAUAUUUGAAAUACCGAGCUGCAAAGCUGUAGUUCCAAUAGAAAAGACAAUCAAGCUGCUUCCCAGUACUCGAGCAGCCAAGCUACAGAUCUUCUGUCUUGAGGGACAGAAAGCCAUUGAAAUCAAACACCAGGAUGAAAUCAGCUGGACAGCUGGGGACAGUCUGCAGAAUCUUAUCUUCAAAAUGUAUGAUGAGGGGGAUAGAGAAAUCAUAGUGACACCUGCUUUAGCAGAAAAGAUUAAGGUUAACUGGACCCCCAAUAUUAAUAAGGAACAACUGGUUAAGGGACUUUUGCCUGAUGUAAAGGUACCAACUGCUGUAAAAGAUGUCCGUUACUGCCAAGUGUCCUUCCAGGAUGACCAUGCAUCACUGGAUAGUGCUUUUAGCAUAAAGCCCAUUGCAGACGAGCCAAAGCUACUAAAAGCUUCACUGAAAGGUGUUUACAACGUUCGAAUGGGUGAAGAGUUACAAGGGGAAAUUCAAUUAGACAUUACGGAUCAGUUUGGAAAUAAAAUUCAGACAUUGACAUCAACUUGUGUGAAUUCCCUGGGAAUCUCAUCGGACGGACUUGACAAGUCUAGCUUAAAGGUUUCCUGGCAGGAGAACACAAAAACAAUACUGGUUCAAGGAAUAAAAUUUAUUCCUGGGGCUCCUGGUUCCAAAGAAUUGUGCUUUGCUUGGAGAGAGUUUGCAGAGUAUAUUCGAGUCAAUUUGAUGGCAGGACCCCCAGCACAGAUCAGUCUUGUUGACUGGCCAGAAGAUGAGCUUGUAGUGGUAGUUAAUGGAAAAGAACUGGAUAAGCCAUUCAUUGUCCAGCUGUGUGAUCAAUGGGGCAAUCCAUCACCUGAACCACUUGUCAAAGUCUCAUUGGUGAAGGGUAACAACAUGAAGAUUAUGCCAUUACCACCAGUACUUAAAACAGAUCCAAAUGGGAGAGCAGACUUUGGGGUGUUUACAAUCGUUGCACCUAGGGGAGAAAACCAAUUUCAAAUUAGAGCCACUUACAACAAAGUUGUGUUGGAGGGACCUGUCGUAAAACUGAAUGUCAUUCCAGAUCAAAACAAACCUGUUGGUCUUUCUGUUGAUUAUGACAAAAAGGCAUCAUUUCCUGCAGGGGGAUUUUUAACAGUGUUUAUGGUAAGCGUUCUUUCAGAAGAUGGCAAGCCAAUGAGACAUGUGAACCCGGCUGCUAUAACAAUGCGGAUGUGGAAGGGACAGGGGCAUGGAUCUCGACUGCCAGCUAGUGCUACAGUGUUCAACUGUAACAAACCAAAGGAGAAUGAAAAAGAGGACUGUUUUUACUUCAGGGACAAAGUAAUUCCUGAUCGAGUUGGGGUCUACACCAUUCAGUUUGUGUAUAUGGUAGACAAAAUUAAUAUGCUGUGCAGUGACCAGAUUUCGCUAAAUGUGGUACCUAAUGAGCCUGUGAAAUUAAUACCAGAUGAACAGCCGCCAACUCCAGUUGUUUCAAAUAUCCGUUCCAUUGCCAGUCGGACUUUGGUUCAAAACUUGACUCUUAAAAUCAUGGAUGAAUAUAACAACCCCACCUGUACAGACCUGGAUGGGAAAGUGGUAGUUACCAUUAAAAGCCCAAAUCGGAAUGUCAAGGAGAUUCCCCAGUUUCAGGGGAAAGUUAAAUCUGUGGAAUUUAAACUCUUGAAAGGUUGCGCUGAGAUUUCGAACCUUAUUCUUGCAGAAAAUAGCCUUGGUGUUGAUGGCACUGAAUAUAUCCUUCAUUUUGACCCAGUUAUUCCAGACCUGAAAGAAGCCACAUUGGCAGCAUUUCAGCUGUGUUUCAUGUUUUCAAAUGAUUUCAAAAAGCAACAGCAAAUGACAGCCCUAACAAGGGAAAAAGACCAGAUAUCCCAAUCAAUUGUUGCUUACAAGAGUUUAUUUGACACCACCAAUCAACUUGUCAGUGAGAUGAAAUGUCAGGCUCAGGAUGCCUCAGUCAAGGAACUCCAACUGAAAACUGAGCUGAACAAACUUAAAGUAGAAAUACCACAAGUGAAUGUUGUCCAACACAUUGAAGAAAUGAUAAAACAAAAGAGUGCAGAAAGAGAACAGAUAUUGAAGGAACCUAGAAGAACAUGCACCAUCCCCAUGGCUCCUAAAGGAAACCCUGAUGUACUUGGAAAGAUUGCACACUUGGCACAAAUUGAAAACAAUGAGGCAGCAAAGGUCAUCUCCUGGCACUUAGCAAGUGAUAUGGACUGUGUGGUUACUUUGACCACAGAUUCAGCACGUCAAAUCUUUAAGGACACACAGGGACGGCAGCAAGUGCUCCCACUUGACUCAAUCUACAUGAAGAACCUCCCACUGUGGAACAGACCGUUACCACAUCUAAGGAAUGGGAAAUGUCACUUUGAACCCAUGGGGAACCCUGUGUUUGCUCGAGAUCUCCUUAUUUUUCCAGAAAAUGUGAAACACUGUCAGACAGUCUUUGGAAUGCUCCUUGGAGACACCAUUAUUCUUGAUGACUUGGAUGCUUCAAACAGUUAUAGGAAAGAGGUUGUUAAAAUAACGCAUUGUCCUACCUUACUGACAAGGCAAGGGGACCGUAUUCGCAGCAAUGGAAAGUUUGGAGGUCUUCAGAACAAAGCGCCUUCAAUGGACAAGCUUAGGGGAAUGGUUUUUGGAUCGCCACUGCCACCCAUAUACUAUACUUUGGGGAAACAAAUUGAUCUGCUUCAGCAGUACCGCAGUGCAGUAAUUAAACUUGGUAAUGUGAAAGAAGAACUAGAUCUGCAGCUGAACUACCUCCGUUCACCAGAAAUGCUUCAGAAACGAGAUGAACUUAACUCGCAAGAGAAACAACUCAAAGAUAUUGAAAAAAAAUUAGGUAUGACACCAGCAAGGGGAACCAAUGGCUCUGGAUUCAAACCAACAGUAUUGGACAUGGCUGAUGGUUCUCCAGUCUGUACAAAAAGAACAAGACGAGACAAUUCACGAAAAACAUUUAGCUCAGAUGAGUGGAUUUCCCCUCCGGUGAAAAAACUGCAUUUGACUUCUGAAUCAGAAACCAGUGACAGUGUGGUGAAAAGGAAGAGAAAGUCUUAAGCCAAAUAGGUCAUCAAAAGCAAUAGCAAAUCUAUGGACAUUUUUAAAUAUGAUAACAAAUACAAAAAGAAGUUAUUCAGAUAUUUAAAACUGGAAACCCCAGUGUUUUUUGUAUAUUUAAUUGUCUAGUGUUAUUUUAUGCUUCUAAAGUAAUAUACAUGUUAUCUUUAUACCAGGAAUAGUUUCUUAUGUUUUGGUUUUUUUCUUUGUUCUUCAAAAAAGAAUGCCUGGAAGAAGCGAUUACAUCUGGUGAACAUUUUUGCAACAUUUUGUACACUCACACAUUUUCUACCAUGUUUUUAGGCAUAUAGUUUAAAAGUGGAUUGUUUUUUUUCCCAUAAAAAGCGAUUACAAAAAAUAAAACUUACUUUUGAAUGCCUAAAAUACAA